AUGGCUGGGAGGAUUAGAGGGAUCAAGAAGAUGGAGACUUUAGGGCUGGUGAUGAUGAUGAUGAUGACUGGGGGAAGAAUGGUAAGGGCCGCUGCAGUCAGCACAAUUAUUGGGGGGGCAGCCUGUCAGUCAGUCAGUACGUCAGUGAUCAGUGUAAAUCCACUCACGUGCAAACUGCAAACAUGGCUGGAGGAGGCGAAGCUGAACUUUUCCCACCGGCGAAAAGGACGAAGUCGGUGGUGUGGGACCAUUAAGGCUAUCAGAAGAACCCCCAGAGCCAAGGCAAAGACCCGCUCCUCCCGUGCUGGGCUCCAGUUCCCAGUUGGCCGUGUUCACAGGCUGCUGCGCCAAGGAAACUCUGCGGAGCGUGUCAGUGCCGGUGCCCCCGUCUACCUGGCGGCUGUGCUGGAGUAUCUGACCGCUGAGAUCCUGGAGUUGGCUGGAAACGCUGCCCGCAACAACAAGAACACCCGUAUCAUCCCCCGUCACCGGCAGCUGGCUGUCCGCAACGACAAGGAGCUCAAAAAGCUGCUGGGCGGAGUCACCAUCGUGAAGUUAAGAAACGGCUCUAUUACUUUUAACGGGUCUAUAUUACACAUUUAA